AUGAGGAUAGCAGCAAAGGUAUUGCAAUGUAGUUUCUUUUGGCCUACGUUAUUUAAAGAUGCAAAUACUUUUGUUAAGUCUUGUGAUAGAUGUCAACGCACUGGUAACAUAUCAAGAAGAGAUGAGAUGUCGCUGAAUGUUAUUUUAGAAGUUGAGUUGUUCGACGUGUGGGGGAACGAUUUCAUGGGACCCUUUCCAUCAUCCUACAAUAACAAGUAUAUAUUGCUUGCUGUGGACUAUGUGUCUAAAUGGGUGGAAGCAGCGGCAGCUCCUACGAAUGAUGGUAAAGUGGUUCUAAUUUUUUUGCAUAAGAAUAUUUUUACUCGGUUUGGAACUCCCCAAGCUAUCUUAAGCGAUGAAGGGAGUCAUUUUUUCAAUAAAUGGUUUGAUGCUUUGCUUGCUCGAUAUGGAGUACGACAUAGAACUGCGUUGGCCUAUCAUCCACAGUCCAAUGGUCAAGCGGAAAUUUCUAAUAGGGAGGUCAAGAGCAUUCUUGAAAAGACCGUCUAUAACUCAAGAAAGGAUUGGUCUAAAAAACUUGAUGAUGCUUUAUGGGCUUAUAGAACGACAUUUAAGACCCCUAUUUGCAUGUCACCUUAUAGGUUGGUUUUUGGUAAGGCUUGCCAUUUACCAGUGGAAUUAGAACACCGAGCGUAUUGGGCAAUGAGAAGGUUGAAUAUGGACUUGAAUGCAGCUGGGAAAAAUAGGCUAAUGCAAUUGAAUGAACUUGAUGAGUUUAGGAAUGAAGCCUAUGAGAAUGCCAAGAUUUACAAGGAAUGUACCAAGACAUGGCAUGACAAGAACUUGGUUCGCAAAGAAUUUCAACCAGGUCAACAGCAAAUUUGUGGUGGUGUGUGCAUUAUUUUGUGUAGUUUUCGUUAUUGUGUAAUAAUGUCCACUAGUAGAAAAAGAACUAAAACUGGAAAAACAAAAAAACAACAACCACCACCCCCACCCAUAGAGAAUGAGGAAGACCUAAAUUUUGAAGAUGUGCCUAGGUUUGUCAACCCAAUGGCCAAUUCUAGGUACAUUCAAGAUAAGGAGCGUAGCCUUAUUAGGGAGAAAGGGUUUCCCACUAAUUGGAAAGAUGAGUUUAUUGUCCUUGAAGAGUAUAAGUCAGUGAUUAGAGCCCAUAAAUGGGAGGUUUUCUGUGCUCCUCCAAUUACUGCUAUCAUCCCUGUAGUUCGAGAAUUUUAUGCUAAUGCUUUUCACCAUGACUAUACAUGGGAAGCCACUGUUAGGGGAAAACUGUGA